CGCGGCGCUGCUGCCCAGUCGGCACCAGUUCCUGCAACUGUCUCCUCGUGGCGCGAGCCUGGAGCCUCGCUUUCUCCGGCAGCGAAGGCGGCAGCAGGAGGGAGCGGAGGCGAGCGUGCGGCGGGCUCGAUGGAGAGCGGCGGACGCCCGGGCAGAGGCGGCGCUUCCACCCCGGCACCCGGGCUCCAGUGACCGACGCUCGCGCUGUGCUCCGCGUCGGAGCGGUCGUCUGCUCCGGGACUGACCCGGCCUCGCUGCCUUUCCCCGCGCCGCCUCCUCGCUUCCCUGCGCCCCGACUCGCUCUCGACCCCACUGCCCGGCGGGGUGGCGGCGGCCGGGGCAGCAGCGGCAGCAAGAAUCCGCCUCUAUGAUGAAGUUCAAGCCCAACCAGACGCGGACCUAUGACCGCGAGGGCUUCAAGAAGCGGGCGGCGUGCCUCUGCUUCCGGAGCGAGCAGGAGGACGAGGUGCUGUUGGUGAGCAGCAGUCGGUACCCAGACCAGUGGAUUGUCCCAGGAGGAGGGAUGGAGCCUGAAGAAGAGCCUGACGGUGCUGCGGUGAGGGAGGUUUAUGAAGAGGCUGGAGUAAAAGGAAAAUUGGGCAGACUCCUGGGCAUAUUUGAGCAGAACCAAGACCGAAAGCACAGAACAUACGUUUAUGUUCUUACUGUCACUGAAAUAUUAGAAGACUGGGAAGAUUCUGUUAAUAUAGGAAGGAAGAGAGAGUGGUUCAAAGUAGAAGAUGCCAUCAAAGUUCUCCAGUGCCAUAAGCCUGUACAUGCAGAGUAUCUGGAAAAGCUAAAGCUGGGUUGUUCUCCCACCAAUGGAAAUUCUACAGUCCCUUCCCUUCCAGACAGUAACACCUUGUUUGUAACUGCCGCACAGACCUCUGGGCUGCCGUCUAGUGUAAGAUAGAGAGAAUUGGAAAGACCUCUUCCACCCUGUGCAGUCUUGUGGGCAGAGGCUUCUUUAUUAUCCUUGACAAACAUCUGAAUGACGCUUGCAAACUGUCUGAAUUUGCCAUGCAGGAUUUUCAAACAAUUUGCAUGUUUUUCAGAUGCUUUCAAAUCUUCUUAAAAAAAAAAAGAUAGUGUAAAAUAUUUUAAUAAGCCAAAGCCAUGUGGAAUUUUUUUUAGAUGCCUUAACUGUCCCCUCCCUACUCCAGCCCACCCACCCACCUUGUUAUUUUGGUUGGCAUUUUCACAGCGUUUUGUUUUUCAGUGUUUUGUCCAUUUGCUGUCAGUCUGUGGGUUUUGUCACAUCAACUUACUUGUGGGUAUAUUUUCCCCCCUCAAAUUGUUUUCUCAUUCACAAGGCACACACACACAAAAAUCAUUUUCACAUAUUCAACAAAUCCUUCUGUUGUGGGAAUUUAUGACAAUAAUUCUUGAUAUUAAAGCAGUCCAUCAACCCAAAAACCUGUUUCAUAGGAUCACAAUUUUAAUUCAUAGGUCCCAGAUUUGGACCGUUUCUUUCUAUAUGACCGUAUUUUCAGGAAUUUGUCAACUUGUCUCAAUUUUCACAAGUGGUAUUACAUCACUAGUUACCGGAUAUGGCCAAUUCCCGUAAAGGGACUCAACAGUCACUUUAAGACAAAGCUUCACUCUGUAGAGCUGGUGAUUGUUAGGCAGGUACUAUAUGCAAAUUGCAUGUAGUAGAUAACAUCUGGAAUUUGAGUUAACAUGCUCCAUGGCCAGUUCCCUUUAUCUAUAAUCUCUCUUCACACAGAAUACAUGAGAACUAUACAUCCCUCAGUGUGAGCUAAUUUUUCAAACAUUUUGUUUUCUAAUUUAGUGACAUCAGUUAAACUUGCUGGUAAAGGCCAGUCGGUGCUGACUGCAUCACAGUUGAGCGAAAUGGCCUUCUUGUUCAGCUGUCACAGACCUAGAUUGUUAAGGCACCUUAGAACAUCUCAUCUUUUAUAGCUGGUCAGUAGGUCUUAUAUAACUAAAUACUGGGCUCUGGAACAUACCGGGACUAAGAAUUUGUCUUGUCUUUAUAUUCACUUAAGUCCAAGAAUCCCAUCUAACAGAAACACAUGAAUACCUUGUCUGUACUUUGCUGACCAAGUGAGAAAUGAGGUGGGGCAAAGUGAAAGAUGAUUCCAUCUAUAGACAUUAGCUUUUUGUAAACAUCAUAACUGGUGACUAUAAAGUAGAAAGUAAGCAUAGUUCCACAUUUGUUCUCUAAAUUGUCAACCUUUAAAAACAUAAUUGCUGCUAAAAAUAGAAUGUUGUUACACUUAAGGAAAAUUGGUGCCACUGUUUUGAAAAUGAGAUCUUGUGCCAUAAAUGCAGCUGAACUAAAUAUAAAUAUUAGUUCACAAAUGAAUGCUGUCAAAGGAAUGAGUAAAGUAAAAAAAACCAAUGACAUUUCAUCCUAAAUUAUGUAAUGUGAUCAUACAUGAUCCAGAAUUUUUAUAUUUUUCUUUGUACAGAGGUUAUGUAUUCUGGGUGUUUUUUUUUUUUUUUUUAAGGAAACAUUUUAAAUCCCACAGAUUGACACUUUGUAGUUUUUUCUCAGUAAUCUCUGAAGUUUCUUUAAAUUAUAUACUUAACACAGCAGAGAGAACUGGAUUGUUUUUGUAUAUAAGACUUGUGUCCACCUGAAAUGUCAGAAGGAUUGGGGGCGGGGGGCUGGGUAUCUUGUAUAUGAUAUUAUUAGAAGUAAUAAUGCAUGAACUUAUUUUAUAAACUCUUGGACUAUGUAUUUGACAUGUAAAAUAUGUACAGUAUUAAUGUCAGCCAUUUCUUAAAAGUGAGCCUAUAAAUAUUGUUGUAUAAUUUUCUUUGGUCAGAAACAUUUGGACUAAGUAGUACCAUUGGGUCAGGAUUUUCUUCAGUGCUUUUUAGCAAACCACCUGUCUUUAGUCUGUGCAACUAGGGAAAAUUUGUAUAAUGCAUCGAAAUACUUCAGUUGUCAUACUUUAAAUUUCACACUUCACUAUUCUUUUGGAACCCAGCCUAGCAAAAUUUCCUAGAGGAAAGGCCCUAAGGAGAUUUAUAUCUGUUAAGAGAAAAAGCCGACUUCGGCAGACUCAAGAGCUGAACCUACUGUAGAUAACAAAUAGUGUCUACUAUCUCAACGCUCCGAAGUUUACAGUGUUGGGACUGUCACCUGUGCUUUCUGCGGGGCAGCAGGAUAAAUUUGGGCAGCUAAAAUGUUCAGUGUGCCUCCCAAUUUAAAAAGUUUAUAAAGUAACUUAUAGACACAAAGUAGCAACUGGCUUGCAUGUUUGUUGCUGGGUCGUUGGUGGGUUUUUUUUUUGGUAAACUGGUAAAAUUUUUCAACCAGGCAUAUGCCAUUCAAUUUUCUGUCAAUCACACAGAACUGAAGGGGAAAUGAUUGUUGUAUACACUUUGCUUUGCAUGGUCUCAUUUGAGAUAAUUGGUGUAAGAAUCUUGACUUUUUUUUAUAUUUGGAAACAUCAAAUAAAAAAUGGAAAAGAAUUUUUUUUAACACA